ACUGAAAAGAAAAGGAAUGGCGAAAGCAACAAAAGCUUUCCAUAUUCCAAUAUAAGAAGUCCCGAUUUCUUAGAGAUUUUUAUUUCACCAUUAGCAGCAGCGCCGAUCUCCUUUUUCAUUUUUAUCUUAUAUUUAUUUUUCAAUCUCUUCACAAUUUUAUUCCUUCUCUUUUCAAAUAAAAGAAAAGAAGAAAAGACACAGCUCUCUUAAGAUCCGAUCAGAUCCGUUAAAAAAUUCUCCAUUUCCAUAUCGGCGGAUUCGAUUUCCUGAGAUAAAUUGAAAUACCCAAGUGUUUAAUUUCACUGAAGGUUAGGGCUUUAAUUGGAAAUGCAACAGAUCGUGACCUAGGGUUUGUAAAGGUACUACCUUUACUCUUUGAAAUUGCAUGAAGAUUUGGUAUUGCUGGUGUUGUCUAUGCUUCACUUUCAAAGAAGAAGAAGAAGACAAAACAAUGAAAGAGGGCAUUUUUAGAAAUGAAGAAGAACAAGAAGCUGAAGCUACAAGGUUAGGGCUUGCACUGAAUGAUACCAAUAGUAGAAGGGAUGAUCGAGAUUCUUCUUCUUCUUUAAGAUUGUUUGAAGAAAUGAUUAGAGCGAUGCAUGGUGGUGGCGGCGGCGGCUUAGACGAUGAGGUGGUUGCUUUGAGGAAGAAUGGGAUUCGUGGGUCGUGGCAAGUUCAGGGAGAGAGUAGUAUUAGUAACAGUAGUAGUUGUUCGGUGGCAGUUUCCGCGGGUGCUGUGGUGACGGGGAGUGGAAAUGAGACUUGUGAUCGGGAUAUGCAUAAUAAACGGGCUAAAGUUUACUCUGCUUCUCGUGCUUGCCAUUAUAUGACCGCUAUGUCUUCAGAUGCUGGCAAUCCUAGUUCAUCAUCUGAUAGAGAUUUUAAUUUGAAUCAAAGCUCUUCUGUUCCAGCUAGGAAUGAGAUAUUUUACCAUAAUUUCAUGUGGAAUAACAGCAGUGAGGAGAAUCCUUGUGAUUCUGGUGGUGGGAGAGAUGAUGGUGAUGAGAGUGGCACUUCCAAGUCGGAAGAUUUAGAAGUUCGAAUGGAUCUUACAGAUGAUUUAUUGCAUAUGGUUUUCUCUUUCUUGGACCACCUUAAUCUUUGUCGAGCUGCGAUGGUCUGUAGGCAGUGGCGAGCAGCCAGUGCUCAUGAAGAUUUCUGGAGGUGUUUGAAUUUUGAAAAUCGAAAUAUAUCAAUAGAACAAUUUGACGACAUGUGUCGGCGGUACCCGAAUGCAACUGAAGUGAAUAUUUAUAGUGCUCCCAACAUUCACUUGCUUGUUAUGAAAGCACUCUCUUCAUUAAGAAAUCUUGAGGUGUUAACUUUGGGAAGAGGACAACUAGGGGAUCCCUUUUUCCAUGCGUUGGCAGACUGUAGCAUGCUUAAGAGUUUGUAUGUCAAUGAUGCUACUUUGGGAAAUGGUGUCCAUGAGAUCCCUAUAAACCAUGAUAGAUUGCGUCAUCUGCAACUUAUAAAAUGCCGCGUGGUUAGGAUAUCUGUCAGAUGCCCACAACUUGAAACUUUGUCUUUGAAGCGCAGCAACAUGGCGCAAGCUGUACUCAAUUGUCCUCUCUUGCGCCUCCUUGAUAUAGGGUCUUGUCACAAGCUUUCAGAUGCAGCAAUCCGUUCAGCAGCAAUUUCAUGUCCUCAAUUAGAGUCUUUAGACAUGUCAAAUUGUUCUUGUGUCAGUGAUGAAACACUACGUGAAAUUGCUGCCACUUGUGUUAAUCUGCAUAUUCUUAAUGCAUCAUACUGUCCAAACAUAUCACUCGAGUCUGUAAGACUGCCGAUGUUGACAGUUCUCAAGCUUCAUAGCUGUGAGGGAAUAACUUCAGCUUCAAUGGCUGCAAUAGCUCAUAGUUCUAUGCUGGAGGUUUUGGAGCUUGAUAAUUGCAGUUUGCUAACUUCGGUGUCCUUAGAUCUUCCUAGCUUGCAGAACAUACGACUGGUACACUGUCGCAAGUUUGCCGAUCUGAACUUACGAAGUACCAAGCUAUCAUCUAUAAUGGUGUCUAAUUGUCCAGCACUCCAUCGUAUUAAUAUCAUGUCAAAUUCACUCCAAAAAUUGGCACUACAGAAACAGGAAAACCUAACAGCAUUGGCAUUACAAUGCCAAUUUUUGCAAGAAGUGGACCUCACAGAUUGUGAAUCCUUGACAAAUUCUAUAUGUGAAGUUUUUAGUGAUGGUGGGGGAUGCCCUAUGCUAAAAUCGUUGGUUCUUGAUAACUGUGAGAGCUUGACGGCCGUGCAAUUCUGCAGUACCUCUUUAGUCAGUCUUUCCCUCGUUGGUUGCCGUGCUAUUACUGCUCUUGAAUUGACAUGCCCUUGUCUUGAGAAAGUUUGUCUAGAUGGCUGUGAUCAUCUUGAGAGAGCAUCAUUUUCUCCUGUUGCUCUUCGGUCACUCAAUUUGGGAAUUUGUCCAAAACUAAAUAUACUUAAUAUUGAAGCACCAUAUAUGUUGUUGCUCGAGUUGAAAGGAUGUGGUGUUUUGUCUGAAGCAUCCAUCAACUGCCCUCUGCUAACAUCACUUGAUGCUUCCUUUUGCAGCCAACUCAAGGAUGAUUGUUUGUCUGCAACAACUGCGUCCUGCCCGCUGAUUGAGUCGUUAAUAUUGAUGUCAUGCCCAUCUGUUGGUUCUGAUGGACUUUACUCUUUGCGCUGGCUUCCAAAUCUCACUGUACUUGAUUUAUCCUAUACCUUCUUGAUGAAUCUGCAACCAGUUUUUGAGUCUUGUUUGCAACUAAAGGUACUAAAAUUGCAAGCUUGCAAGUAUCUCACAGACACAUCAUUAGAGCCUCUUUACAAGGAAGGUGCUCUGCCGGUGCUUCAGGUUUUGGACUUGUCAUAUGGGACUCUCUGUCAGUCUGCUAUAGAGGAGCUUCUUGCUUACUGCACACAUCUCACUCAUUUGAGCUUGAAUGGCUGUGUAAAUAUGCAUGACCUUAAUUGGGGAUGUAGUGGAGGUCAACAUUCUGAGUUGCCAAGUGUGUGUAAUUCAUCUGCCCUGCUCUGCGAUGAAAAUAUUGAUGAGCCAAUUGAGCAGGCAAAUCGAUUGCUACAAAACCUAAACUGUGUAGGUUGUCCAAAUAUAAGGAAAGUUCUCAUUCCACCAAUGGCACGGUGUUUUCACUUAUCAUCAUUAAACCUGUCUUUAUCUGCAAACUUGAAGGAAGUUGACAUUGCUUGUUUUAGUUUGUGCAUUCUUAAUUUGAGUAAUUGUUGCUCUUUGGAGAUAUUGAAACUCGAGUGUCCUCGACUAACCAGUCUCUUUCUCCAGUCUUGUAAUAUUGACGAGGAAGAUGUUGAAGCUGCCAUAUCUCGGUGCAGUAUGCUGGAGACCCUGGAUGUGCGUUUUUGUCCAAAGAUAUACUCAAUAAGCAUGGGGAGAUUGCGGGCAUCAUGUCCGAGUUUGAAGCGUGUGUUUAGCAGCCUGUCACCUUCAUGAUGUGAAUAAAGAAUUUUUGUUUCAUUUUUCCAACGGUAAUUCACUUUGAGGUGAAGCGGCAACUUUAUUUGGUGUGCUAUUCUAAGAUUCACGUGUUAUGUAUUAUAAAUGUCCUGUUUGGUUGUAUAGGCACUUGAUGUUGUAGCAGCUGUCCUAAUGUAACAACACAAUAAACCAUCUUUGCUCUCUAUAUUAAUUAUUAAUUAUUAUUA